GCAAAACGAGAGAGCCGGAGGCGCCCAAACGACUAGUCUCGAUUCUCGAAGCCUCCACGCGGACUUGGGUUAGGGUUUCGCUCCCUCCCAUCGACCUCCAGCCUCAGCCAUGUCCGGGCGCGAGGUCCGCGAGUACACCAAUCUCAGCGACCCCAAAGAUAGGAAGUUGGGGAAGGGGAAGGACAAGAUUGAUGACGAGGACAUCACCUUCCAGCGCAUGGUUGCAAAGAUGCAAGAGGUUGCUGGUGAGAGGGGAGGCUACCUUCAUGGGCGAGGAGCAUUGGACAGUGAUGAUUUGCUUUACCUGAAAGAGCAAAUGGAAGCUGAGGAAGAUGCAGAGCGUCUUCUUCGUCGUACGGAGAAGCGGGCAUUUGCUGCUUUUAAGAAAGCAGCGAUUUUAGCGGAUUCUACACCCGCUGUCCCUGUGGCUCUUCGUGUUGAACCUAAACCUAAAAGCAAUAUAAGGCAGCAGGAUCUCUUGAAGAAUAUUGUUGGGAUCAAACCAAAGCGGCCAAAAGUUAGCAGCCCUUCACAGCCAGCAGAGAGCGAUAUGCCCAAGCAUGACCAAGAAGAUUCUGUUAGCAAGAGGUCUUCAUCGCAGAAUCAAUCGGUACCACUUGUGGGUGAGAAGGAAUCGUCUCAUGGGAAGGUCAGUGCUGAGCAAACAACGUCAAAGCCAGCUGAACCAACACAGGCUAAGCAACAGAAUACAACUGGAAGCUUGCUUGGUUUAACUUACGAGAGUUCUGAUGAAGAAUAAUCUGUCGCGGAGGAUACGUUUAGAACGUGGAAUUUUUUUCCCAGAUUCCUAGGGGACCCGAUCUGUUUCCUGUGAAACUCAAAAGCCGUCUAAGAGAUCAAAACAACUCGUAGAUUGUAUAUUAGGUUUUUUUGUGCUGUUAGUUUAUGUUUGGUUUGUAUCAGGAUUUGAUGAAAAGAUGUGUUGAGGAUGCUGCUCCCCAUUGAAAAUCGUUGCUUCUAUUUUGCGUUA